UACACGCAAAAAACUGCGGGCGCACCGUACUUUUGGAGAUGAAAGUGAGGCAUUUGUGAAACAAUUCAGAGCAACCAGUCAGGCAAGAAACAACCACCCAAAGAACCGGGACAGGCAUCCGAGAGCAAAACCUGUCCACAGAACGCUGCAGUAAGGGCAGAGAUUAGAUGAAAACUGGGCUUUUAGGAAUUUGAUCACCAACAUUUGGUUUGUAGCCUAAAGAAGAUACCAAGUGGACUUAAUGCGGCUAUGUGUUGUGUUUUGUUUGGGCUAUCAUUGCAGUAGUGUGUGUAUGCAUCCUCCCCUGCCGUUUGAUGCUGUUCAGAUCCACCCUCCUCUCCUUACAGUCAUGAACUAAACAGGUUUUUCUCCUCGAAAAUCCGCCGUUUCACUGUUUUCACGCUAGUUCAGUUUGUUUACCGGCUGCACGUCUCCUUCCGGCUCGACACAUGCAAUUUAUAGAGUAUAUUUUUUAUAACCGACCAGGUAAGGUGGCAUCAUUUAUACGCCAGAAGAAGAAAAAACACAUCAACUGCAAAGUCCGACAGAUAGUGAAUAUUUCACCACGUGAAUGAAAGCGCGAAGGACUUGGAUAUCCCCUAUUUUUCUAUGUUACAAUCUGUAGGCUUGUUUUGGAAAACUGAUUCACUAGAGUUAUUAUGCAACCGCAAGGAUCUCAUCUCUAUCUGGGUGUUUAAGCCACUGGAUUGCUCUUCGCCCAAAUCAAUGUGGUUUCUUUGGAACAUUUUCAGCAAAGGAACGCAUAUGCUGCAGUGUCUUUGUGGCAAGAGUCUUAAGAAAACCAAGAAUCCAAGUGAUCCCCAGCUCAAGGGCAUAGUGACCAGGUUGUAUUGCAGGCAGGGAUACUACUUGCAGAUGAACCCUGAUGGCUCUCUUGAUGGCACCAAGGAUGACAGCAGUAAUUCCUCUUUGUUCAACCUCAUUCCUGUGGGACUGAGAGUGGUCGCCAUUCAGUCGGUGAAGACAGGGUUGUACAUUGCUAUGAACGGGGAAGGACAUCUCUAUACAUCAGAACUCUUCACAGCGGAGUGUAAGUUUAAAGAGUCGGUGUUCGAGAACUACUAUGUGAUCUACUCGUCCAUGCUGUACCGGCAGCAGGAGUCGGGCCGGGCCUGGUUCCUGGGGCUCAACAAGGAUGGACAAGCCAUGAAAGGAAACCGCGUAAAGAAGACCAAACCAGCGGCCCACUUUCUGCCCAAGCCAUUAGAAGUUGCCAUGUACAGAGAGCCAUCGUUGCAUGAUGUCGGUGAGACUGUUCCGAAGGCGACUGUUCCUCCCAGUAAAAGCACAACUGAGCCUGCCGUGAUGAAUGGUGGCAAACCAGUCAGCAAGCCCUCUACUAAGCCCGCCACAUAGCCACACCUCACCCUGCGAGUGUGUGUCGAUGUGUGUGUGUGUGUUUGUGUGUGUGUGUCACGAGGGAGGCAGGGGUUCUCCUUCCUGGACUUCCGUCCUUGUUUCUUCUAUGGAUCCGAUCGGGGCGAACCUUCCCCACGUUCUCCUUCAACCCUCUCAUCCUCCUGCUCCCCCUAUUCCUCCUCCUCUCUCCCCAGCU